AUGGCGGACUUCCAACUAAGGACCAUGGCGCCCCAGUCGUCUUCGUCUGGUAGCGCCAAUACUUCCCAUUAUGCUACUACCACUGUCGCAGUUGAGGGUAUGACAUGUGGCGCUUGCUCGGCAUCUAUCGAAUCCGGCUUCAAGGGCAUGGACGGAGUGAAGUCAUGCUCGGUAUCUUUAAUUCUCAAUAGAGCCGUUGUAAUCCACGACCCCAAACUUGUCACCGCCGACAAAAUCUUAGAAACAAUAGAGGAUAAAGGGUUCGAUGCGACAUUGGUAUCUUCUGUUGAACCGAAGAAAGAGAAGAAAAAUGAACCGGGAGCGGAUACGAGGGUUUUGACCACAACGACGGUCUCAGUUCACGGAAUGACUUGCGGAGCUUGUUCGUCGGCUGUUAAUAAGGGGUUCGCGGGUAUGGACGGAAUCGUAUCCGUGGAUGUGUCGCUCUUGACCAACCGUGCUGUGGUUGUUCAUGAGAGCGUAAAAGUAUCAGCAGAGAAAAUAGUGGAUACUAUUGAAGACAGGGGAUUCGAUGCAGCAUUGAUAUCCUCAGUCCAAUCGAGACAAAAUGCACCAACGGCUGCUCAAUUUGCUACUUCUACUAUCGGGAUCGAGGGGAUGACUUGUGGUGCUUGCACAUCUGCAGUUGAAGGUGGAUUGAAGGAUGUCGCAGGUAUUGAUUCGGUAUCGGUAUCGCUGGUAAUGAAUCGCGCCGUCAUACAGCAUGAUCCAGAGAUCAUCUCGGCGGAACAAAUCGCAGAAAUCAUCGAGGAUAGGGGUUUCGACGCUCGCGUUAUUUCCUGCGAUCUCCCUUCCGCGGCUGCCCAGAGAGACACCCGGAGCCAGAUUCUCAAUAUCAAAGUCUAUGGUAUGCAGGACGAGGUGUCGGUCACUACGGUUGAGCGUAUCCUUCUCAAACUCGAUGGAAUCGAAUCCGCUGUUGUCACAUUCCGAACCAUGCGAGCUGAGGUCGAAUACUAUCCAUCUGUUCUCGGCGUUCGCACCAUCUUUGAAGCCAUUGAAGCUGCUGGAUUCAAUGCCCUUAUGGCCGACAACGAGGAGUCUAAUGCUCAACUCGAAUCUCUUGCCAAAACUAAGGAGAUCCAGGAAUGGAAAACCGCCUUCCUGUUCAGCGUGUCAUUUGCUGUCCCGGUCUUCCUCAUCAGUAUGAUCAUCCCGAUGUACCUGAAGCCUCUAAACUUUGGUAAUGUCAAGGUCUUGAUUCCUGGCCUUUUCCUCGGCGAUAUUGUUUGCUUGGCCCUCACCCUCCCCGUCCAAUUCGGUAUCGGAAAACGCUUCUAUAGAUCUGCUUGGAAAUCAAUCAAGCACAAGUCUGCUACUAUGGACGUCCUCGUUAUUCUUGGUACUAGCUCUGCAUUUGUCUUCUCCUGCGUUUCGAUGCUCAUUUCUAUCAUGUGCCCUCCCCAUACUCGCCCAGCCACUGUUUUUGACACCUGCACCAUGUUGAUCACCUUCAUCACUCUUGGGCGUUGGCUCGAAAAUAGGGCCAAGGGUGCUACUUCUUCCGCCCUUUCCAAGCUCAUGUCCCUUGCUCCACCAAUGGCUACCAUCUAUGUUAACCCCAACGCAACUCAGUCCCAAAACUUGCUCGACGAAUCCAAAACCGAGCAGUUCGACGUCGAAGCCGUCGAGGAACGCAAAGUACCAACUGAGCUCCUCCAAGUUGGCGAUAUUGUCAUUUUGCGACCGGGCGACAAGAUUCCUGCUGAUGGUGUGGUAACAUAUGGCGAAUCGUUUGUUGAUGAGAGCAUGGUCACCGGAGAAGCCAUGCCAAUUCAAAAAUCCCCUGGCUCUCACCUCGUCGGUGGUACCGUCAACGGUACCGGCCGUCUGGACUUCAAGGUUACCCGUGCUGGCCGUGAUACCCAACUCUCCCAGAUCGUAAAACUUGUUCAAGAGGCACAAACAUCACGAGCACCCAUUCAAAUGAUGGCUGAUGUUGUGGCCGGCUACUUCAUCCCCGGUGUCGUUUCACUUGGUCUCAUUACCUUCGUUGUCUGGAUGAUUCUUUCGCACGUCCUUACCAACCCACCAGCGAUCUUUAUGAGCGCUAAGAGCGGGGGUUCGUUUAUGGUCUGUCUCAAGCUUUGUAUCUCUGUCAUCGUCUUUGCUUGCCCCUGUGCCCUCGGUCUAGCUACUCCAACGGCUGUUAUGGUCGGCACUGGUGUUGGUGCACGGAACGGUAUUUUGGUCAAGGGUGGAGAAGCCCUCGAGACCGCUACAAAGGUCACCAAGGUUGUCUUCGACAAGACAGGUACUCUCACAGUCGGAAAGAUGACGGUCGCGCGGUUCUACCAAAGCUCCGUCUGGAACUCUAGCGAUUGGCGAGUUACGCGCUGGUGGUCUUUGGUGGGACUUGCCGAGGCCGGAAGUGAGCAUCCUAUUGGUCGUGCUAUUGCGAACUACGCAAAAGCGCAGUUGGGAAUGAACUCCGAAUCCACGAUUGAAGGGAGCAUCAGCGACUUCAGCGCCGUUGUUGGACGAGGUAUUACUGCCGGUAUUGUUCCUGCUAAGGAUAGCAAGAAACAUACUGUUCACAUCGGAAAUGCUGCCUUCUUGAGGGAAAACGAUAUUGCAUUGGCACAACACGAGGAGACUGAAGCUAUGGGCGAGGCUGGCCGACCAGAUUCUUCGAAGGGCAAAUCCGAAAAGUCUCCUGGCGCUGGGCAGACCGUAGUCUUUGUUGCUAUCGAUGGCAACUAUGCUGGAUAUCUAUGCCUUAGCGACGAAAUCAAGGCUGACGCCAAGUACGCCAUCAUGGCCCUCCGACGCAUGGGUAUCAAAGUCGCUAUGGUCACCGGAGAUCAACGCCCCACCGCUCUUGCCGUCGCUGACGCCGUUGGAAUUGACAAAAGCCAAGUUUGGGCUGGUGUUUCCCCCGAUGAAAAACAGGACCUCGUUACGAUUAUGAAGGAGGAAGGUGAUGUCGUCGCCAUGGUUGGUGAUGGUAUCAACGAUUCUCCAGCUCUUGCAACUGCUAAUGUUGGUAUCGCCAUGGCAUCUGGUACGGACGUUGCUAUGGAAGCCGCCGAUAUUGUCCUGAUGAGGAGUGGAGAGUUGUUGGAUAUCCCUGCUAGUUUACACCUCGCGAAGACUAUCUUUAGGAGAAUCCGAUUGAACCUUCUUUGGGCCUGUGGGUAUAAUCUCGUUGGUAUGCCAUUUGCUAUGGGAGUUUUCCUACCUUUUGGGCUGCAUCUACACCCUAUGGCUGCCGGUGCCGCUAUGGCCGCGAGCAGUGUUAGUGUUGUUUGUAGUAGUUUGUUGUUGAAUUAUUGGAAACGUCCUUCUUGGACCACUGUUCAGGGUAUUGAAGAAGAAAUUGGACAGAUCCAUGAAGGCAAGUGGUGGCAGGUUUGGAAGAGAUUUGGAAGGAAGGGUAGAGAUGCGGUGGCAUACCAGAGAGUUGAGACUACUGAAGUGUAA